AUGGAGAGAAGACAAGCCAAGAUCCAUGUCUUUGUAUUGAUUGAACAUUUGGACCCGGUAAAUGUUAAGAUAGCUGAGCUGAGAGAGGCUUUGGAAUCUGUUGUUGCUGAGCAGAAGUAUUUGAAAGCACGUGACACUCGUCACCGUCAUACUUGUUUACUCAUCCUACUGUUGGUACUUGGUAGCAAUGUUGAAGAGCUUGUCUACAAGAAUAACCGCUUCGAGGUUUGGGAUCUUGGUGGGCAAGAUAGACUAAGAACUUCAUGGGCGACGUACUAUCGUAGAACACAUGCUGUGAUUGUGGUUAUCGAUAGCACAGACAGAGCUCGAAUCUCUUUCAUGAAAGAUGAGCUCGCUAGGAUUCUUGGUCACGAGGAUCUUCAAAACUCGGUCAUACUUGUUUUUGCAAACAAACAGGAUCUGAAAGAUGCGAUGACUCCUGCUGAGAUCACGGAUGCACUUAACCUUCACAGUAUCAAGAACCAUGAUUGGCAUAUUCAAGCAAGUUGUGCGGUUACUGGAGAAGGGUUGUAUGAUGGGCUCGGUUGGAUUGCCCAGAAAGUUACCGGUAAAGCCACGAGUUAAGGGAAAUGAGAAACUGAAUCAGAGAGAGAGAGAGAACUCAUUCUUCUUUGUUUCUUUUGUCUGCUUCAGCUGUUCUUUAACACUGUAUCCUCUUGACUUUUAUGUAACAAGCUUCAGUUAUUUUGGAUUUUGGCACUGUAUUGUUUGUAAAUUAUGAGACAUAUGUGUUGAUAU